CGGUCCUCCGGUAAAGGCGUUCUCGAACCAAAAUGGCGUCGGUAGACAACAAAUCGUGGCAGAAAGAUGCUGCGGACCAAAAUUUUGAUUAUAUGUUUAAGCUUUUGAUUAUUGGCAACUCCGCCGUUGGAAAGACAUCAUUUCUCUUUCGCUAUGCCGACGAUUCGUUCACUUCUGCUUUCGUUUCUACCGUCGGAAUUGAUUUCAAAGUCAAGACGGUUUUUCGAAACGACAAACGAGUGAAAUUGCAAAUUUGGGACACAGCCGGACAAGAAAGAUAUCGCACGAUUACAACAGCUUACUACCGGGGAGCAAUGGGUUUUAUCCUGAUGUACGAUAUUACGAACGAGGAAUCGUUCCAAGCAGUCCAAGACUGGUCCACACAAGUCAAGACAUACUCCUGGGCAAAUGCACAAGUUAUCCUUGUUGGUAACAAGUGUGACAUGGAGGAAGAACGAGUUGUUUCAUAUGACCGUGGCAAACAGCUUGCAGAUCAACUUGGGUUAGAAUUCUAUGAAACUAGUGCAAAGGAUAACACCAAUGUGAAAAAGGUGUUUGAACGACUUGUGGAUAUCAUUUGUGACAAGAUGUCUCAGAGUCUGGAUACAGAUCCCACCAUUGUAAGUGGCCAGAAGCCAGGUACCACCAAACUGACAGCAGAGAGGCCAAAACAAAACCAGGACAACUGUGCUUGUUGAUGAUUUAAAUGAAAAAUGACCCAUACCAAGUGACUUAUUCUUUUUUUCUCCUAAAAAUUACAUCCUGUAGUCUAAUAACCAUGUUUAUGUGUCAUGAAACUAGUAGUCAUUUAUUAUUUUGGUUCAGUGAGAAUGAUUACUAUUUGUUGUUGAUGGUUCACAACCAAUCAUUUUGUAUUUUGUCCAAUCUUGGUUGUUUCUUUGUUUGAAAUUUUAAAUUUAAAUAUUUUACAAUCUUCAGGGCUGUAGCAGGAUGUUGGGGCAAUGCCCCCCCCCCCCCUAAAAUUUUCACAAAUUAUAAGAAAAUGACCAGUAGGGAUGUGGCUGUGCCCCACCCCAGUAUUCUCUUAAUGUUUCUGUAUUGUGCCCGCAAUCUUUCAAGGCCUGCUACGGCUCUGAUCUUGCAUUAUGAAACAAAAGAAUAAUGAUGUUGAAUAUGAGUUUCUUAAGUUACUACUACUGUGAGAAUUUGAAAAUUGCCCAUGGCGUACAUCAUUAUUUGUAUAAUUGAAGACAAUGUUUUUGGCUCAUGGAUUUUUCAUGAUGUGGGGUCAUGAAAGUGGUCCUGGAAUGUUUAAGGAUACUGUAUCUUGUGUGCCAUAUAUAUUAAUCUUCAAGGGAAUCACAUUUUAUUGUCUCUGAAAAAUUUAUCAGAUAAGUAUUAUUUUUUUAAUAUCUUCAGCAGGGCUUGAUUAUAAGAUUUUUCAAACUUUCCUGAGUACACAGAUAAGUGGCUGGUUGGGAUCUAACAGCAUAAUUCUCCAAAUGCUAAGGUUAUCUUGGUAAGACAUUUAAGUGCUAAAAUCGGUCCCUGGAUAAGGGCUCCACCCCAGUGUAAGAACCUGUGUUUUAUGCAUUAGCUGCGUCACAAAGCUUCUUUGCUUGUUGGGAUAAAUCAUAAAACAGCUGAAUGAAAACGUGUAGGCUGGGAAUGGUUCUAUACUCUGGGGUAAAGCCCUGUUAAGACUCAAAGUGUCUUUAAAAUGUUCACUAAUUAUAAUCAUUAUUAUGUUAUUCAUAUUUUGUCAAAUAUCUUUUGUGUAACAAUAAUACAUAAGAAUUUCAGAGAGGGUAGUUAGAAAAUGAAUUAUAAUGCUUGACUGGUAACAGUCAUUCCUGGCAAGUAACUAUAAAAUUAAUUAUCUAAUUGGUUAUGUACUCAGUGGAAAAGCUGUGCAAUUUAUGCUGCGGAAUUUGUAAAAAGGGGCUCCUCUGUCUGGGUGAAGCACAAUAUAAGUUAUAUUUGCAUAGUUGUGUUAUCAAUUAGUUGUACAUUACAAGAGAAAUUGGGAGAAAUGUGACAGCUCUAGUAAUAAAUUGAACCGAAAGAUAA